CGGUCUUCUUUUCCCACGGUGGCAGAACUUCAAUUCCACGCAGAGAGCCGCUCAGGACUUUGAUAGGAUCGUUUCUGCAAGAACGGUUGGGAGCCAUCCCAGGAGUGAUGUGAGCUUUGUCUUCUCUGAAUUCAGCCUGUCUCCAAGAAAAGGGAGAGUACAGCUGAAGAUAGAAGAAUCGUGGAACUGAAUAGUGGUUGUAAUUAUAAGUCAUGACGGAGGUUAUUGUUAUUUUCUCUGUCCUUCAAGAUUAUAGUCAUUUUUCUCCCAGGCCAUAAAUAUUAGGUUGCCUUACCCUGAAAUGUUCUUCCUGAGUCCCAUCCAGGAGCCUGGAUCAAGCUGCUUCUUUCUAGUGGAGUGCUGACAUUCAGGGAUGUGGCCAUAGACUUCUCUCAAGAGGAGUGGGACUAUCUGAAUCUGAAACAGAAGAACUUGUACAGAAAUGUGAUGUUGGAGAAUUAUAGCAACUUGAUCUCAUUGGGACUGUCUCUUCCUAAGCCAGCUUUGAUCUCCUUUUUGGAACAAGAUAAUGAGACCUGGAUUGUUGAGAAUGAAACGCCAACAGUCCUGUAUCCAGAUCUGAAACCCCAGUGUAAGGAGAUCUCAUCAAAGGAUGACACUCAUAAAAAAAAGUUAUCUCAGUGGAAAAUAAUGGAAAGACUUGCAAGUCAUAGCUUUGACCAUUCUAUUUUCCAAGAAGAUUGGAAGUAUAAUCACCAUUUGCAGACCGAACAGGGAAAUCAGAAAGAAUAUUUCAACCCUCUAACAGUCAUCCGUGAAAAUACACAGAGUCUUAAUCAACAGACAUCAUAUUCUCCACAUCAAAUAAAUCAUAGUAGGCAAAAACCCCAUGAAUGCACAGACUGUGGAAGAACCUUCGGUUAUCUCUCAUGGCUUACUGACCACAGGAGAAGUCACAUGGAAGAAAAACACCAUGAAUGUAAGGAUUGUGGAAAGACUUUUAGCUGUCGCUCAAAGCUAACUGGACAUCAAAGAAUUCAUAAUAGAGAAAAACUCUAUCAAUGUAAUGAGUGUAGGAAAGCUUUCCAGCACCCCUCAAACCUUAUCAGACAUCAGAGAAUUCAUACUGGUGAAAAACCCUAUGAAUGUAAGGAAUGUGGAAAGGCCUUCAGUCGUGGCUCACACCUUACUCUACAUCAGAGAAUUCAUACUGGAGAAAAGCCCUAUGAAUGCAAAGAAUGUAGAAAAACUUUCAGUUACCACUCAUCACUUCUUCGACAUGAGAAAACACAUACUAAAGAAAAACACUAUGAGUGUAAGGAAUGUGGAAAGGCUUUUAGCAACAGCUCAAUUCUUAAGGGACAUCAAAGAGUUCAUAGUGGAGAAAGACCCUAUGAAUGUAGCGAAUGUGGGAAAGCUUUCCAUCACCACUCAAUCCUUAUUCAACAUCAGAGAAUUCACACUGGAGAAAGACCCUAUGAAUGUAGCAAUUGUAGGAAAGCCUUCCGUUAUCACUCAAAUCUUAUUGGACAUCAAAAAAUUCAUUCCAGAGAAAAACUGUUUGAAUGUGAGGAAUGUGGACAGUCCUUUAGUCGUGGCAAGGAACUCACACAACAUCAACGAAUUCAUACUGGUGAGAAACUUUAUGAAUGUAAAGAAUGUGGCAAAGCCUUUAGUCAGGUUUCACAACUUACUCACCAUCAGAUAAUUCACACUGGUGAGAAACCUUAUGAAUGUAAGGAAUGUGGGAAGACCUUUAUUCGUGGUUCAUGUCUUAUUCGACAUGAGAAAAUGCAUACUAGAGAAAUUAAAACCCCAAUAUUGUAAUGAAUGUAGGCAAUCCUUGGCUUCCAAUACAGGCCAUCAGAGAAUUACUAAAUAAGAACUCUGAAUAUAGAAAAUAUAAGAAUGUUUUUUGUUUUUCUUUACAAUUUGCAUGGGAGAAUUCCUUCAGGAAAAAGGCUACAUAAAUGUAUUAUAUAAUAAAUUUUUAUUUCUAUGGAUUCUGUUAUGUCAAUAAUUUUUACUGUAAUAAACCUAUAUUUAUAUAAUAAUGGACUUAGCUUAAGUUCAUACUUUAUUCUACAUUAGUUAAUUUGUAGUGGAGACAGACUUUAUAAUGAGUACACUUAAAUGUAGAAACCAUCACCUCAGCUUUUAUUUUCACUAAUUUUUUUCUAGGUUUUUCUUAACAUCAGGACAUUAUAGAAAGACUAUAGGUAUGAAAAAUACAGUAAAGCCAUUGAUCAUCACUUACUCCUUCCUGAACAUCAGAGGUCUUGACAGAGAGCAAUUAAAUUACAAGUAAAAAUUAUGAGCUAAAACAAAAUAUUUCUCUAUUAAAUUGGUAAUUUAAGGAGGAAACUAAAGUAAAAAAUGCCAAAUCUGAUUUGAAAGCACUAUAUAUCAAAUACCAUGUAAGAUGACCAGUCUGUGCUUAUGGAAAAAUGUGUGUCCUUUGACACAUAUGUAUAAAUAAUAAAACAAAGUAAACAAUGCAUACAACACAGGAAGGCAGAGAGUAAAUAAAAUAAAUUAAUAAAUGUAGAAGUU